AUGGGAUCUUUCCUUUCUGCACCAGUACAAAAGAAAGAACGCGCUCCAAGCAAGCCACAGGAGUCGAAAUUCUACUUCGCGGAUCUCGAUCCACUGCCAGAUCUUGAAGAUCCAGCUGAAGGAGAUCCAUGCGGACUUUAUUUGGAAGGACUUAACUAUCAUUGGGACGGUCCACGCUUUGAAAAGUUCCUCAAGACAAAGUGCGAAGCUAACUACACAUAUGCUUCUAAAAAGAAAUCGAAAUACGCCGGAAUUAUCAAAUUCGAUAACAACGAAGACCGUCUUCAGUGCUACAGAAAACUCGUUGCUGCUCGUUUCGGAGAGAAAUGCUUAUUUGUUGUCCCACUUCACAAAGAUCUUCAUCUUUCUGUAAAUCUUUGCCGCCGUGUACGUGCCCGUGCCACAAAUCCAGGACUUGCAACAGCAGAUAUCCGUGACAGAGUCACAGCAUGGCACAGAAUGCCUUUAGAAGAACAAUACGCCGCCAAAUCCGAAAAGUACACAAAACUCAUCCAAGGAAUUGUUCCAGAAGGAUCCUCACCAGUUACAGUUGUUCCUGUUCCUAAUACAGUCAACUAUCGUAACAAGGUCGAAAUGACAGUUGGAGCAGACUUAGAAGGAAACACUGUUGUCGGCUUUAACCUUGGCAGCAAGGACGAGGACGUAAUUGCCCCAAUUGAUAACUGCUUAAAUGUUCCAAAAGUUGCUCCUUAUCUUGCUCGCAAAUUUACAGACUUCGUAACUCACGCAAAAUCACCAAUUUACGAUCGCUCAAGGAACUCAGGCGUUUGGAAGUUUAUUACAGUCAGAACUACCGAAGAAGGCAAGACAAUGUUAGUUGUUGUUGUAUAUAAGAGCGAAGAAUGCCAAGUUGACCCAGACGACGUUGCCCAACUUACAGAGACAUUCCAGGAAGACGUAGAUUCUCUUUAUCUUUGCGAAACAACGAAAUACGAAGGAUAUGGAAAUGAUCCUGUCUUUACUUUGCUCAAUGGUACAGCCACCAUCGAAGAAAAGCUCAGAGGACUCAAGUUCGACAUCUCCCCAAUGUCAUUCUUCCAAACAAACACACCUGGAGCCGAAAUUCUCUUCAGCAGAGUUGAAUCUCUCGCAGAAGUCGACAAGAGCACAGUUUUGAUCGAUGUCUGCUGCGGAACAGGAGUUAUCGGACUCUCCAUGGCCAAGAAAGCUAAGAAAGUCAUUGGAAUUGACAUCGAAAAAGAUGCAAUUGAAGAUGCAAAGAAGAAUGCCACUAAAAACAAGAUAAAGAACGCAGAAUUCAUUGCUGCACCUGCACAAGACGUUCUUCCAGGAAUAUUGGACCAAUGCGAGGCAGAAGGAUCUCGCGUUGUCGUAAUUGUCGAUCCACCACGUGAUGGAUUGCAUAAAACAGCUGCAAAAGCAAUCAGAGAGUGCAAGUUACUCAAGAGAGUCGUUUACAUCUCUUGCAAUCCUGAAUCUUUGGUCAGAGAUUCGAAGAAAUUCUUGUUUGCUGAAAAUAACAACUUCGCAACACAGCCAUUCCAGCCUGUUGAGUGGUUUGGUGUCGAUUUGUUCCCACAUACAGAUAGACUCGAAUUAGUUAUGCUUAUGCAGCGCGAGUAA